AUGUCAUCAUCAAACUCAACUAAUCGGGUCAGUUUUGUGGAUGUGAUCAUCUUCACCGGCUUGGAGUCACUGGGAAUCUGUGCGAUUCUUGGAAAUCUGGCUUUGAUCAUAGUUCUGCUCAACAAUAAGUAUUUGCAUCGUGCCAGUCAGAUGAACAAACAAGAAGACCAUGAUUACAGUUUCAUUCUGAUGUUAAACUUGGCUAUCGCUGACGUCAUCCAUGGUUUUGUGACCACGUGCCACUUCUAUCCUCCAAUUUUACUCAAAGAAAUGCAUAUUGGUGAGAUGGCUGUCCGUCUGUUCAACAUCGCCGACUGGACGGCUUGGGCGAUAACACUGACGCACAUGUCGGCAAUUUGCCUUGAUCGGUUAAUUGCCAUCAUUCUAUACGGACGCUAUAAUGUAUUGGUAACAGUUCAAAGAAUCAAAACAUUCAGUAUUUCGUGUUGGGCACUGUUUCUCAGUACCAAUGUCACGCUAUUUUUUCUUCAAGCGUGUUGCAUGAUUCGGCCACUGGAAUCGCUCAACUACUACAGUUUUGGAUACGCCGAGAACAGUAACUUCAAUGUAUAUGUUCUGACCUACACACCUGUGGAGAUCCUGACUAUUUUGAUUCUGUCAUUCAGUAAUCCCAUUACACUUGUCCAAUUGUACCGUCGACACAAACGAAAAAUAGCAUUACGACAGCAAGGAACCACAAAGAGUGUCUCCACGUCAUCGUCGUCACUUCUGAAGCAACAACGAUCACAGUGGCAGAGAGCGAGCACGAUGUUGCUGGAAAUGUCAAUGAAAAUGGGCAGUAAGCACAUAGCAAAUGAUGUCCGGGAAAUGGCUGCUAGGAGAUCCAACCGUCAGCAGCAACGGAUCCUGUUGCAGAUAACAGUUGUCGCUCUAAUUUUCUAUGCCUACAUGUCGGCCUACUAUGUUUCAUACUAUAGCAGAUUUCAGUCGAUUGCUCUGAUGAUCUUCAAUAGUUACUUCUAUUCCAUCACUCAUAUGAUCAAUCCAGUGAUCUAUUUCUCAUUGAAUAAGGAAAUGAGAGCACAGCUCAGAGAAGCGUUUGUUGAUUUCCGAAAACUAUUCAGUUGCAAGAAGAAAGACCCAUAUGGAUUUGCAAACAGCUCCACCAAAAUCAACCAUAGUACCAAAAUGACAAUGGUUAGAGCACAAAGUACAUCAUGCAGUGAAACAUCGCCUUUGUUCUCGUCCAACAAUCACUACAAAUCGACAGGCACCACCCAGAAGAAUGAGGAAAGAUUGUUAGAUUCUGUGGAGGGAAGCAGCACUGGAAAUGAGUCAGCGGAAAUCAGAGCAAUUGUUCAGAAUGAUGAUCCAUCUGACCAAUGUUCACUCCCAAAAUCGGAUAUCUACAUGACACCUCCAGUCGAAAUGCCACCAAACAAAAUGGGCGCAAAGGAGAGGUCCACUUUCAUCAAUCAACUCGUUUCGGCUUUGCAAUAUGCCAGUAACAAAUCAUUGGCAUCAGUGAAAGGACAAAACGAGGUGGAGGAUGAGGACGAAUGUGUUGAAGAAGACGGCGACUCAUUGCGUGUGCAACCCGUCCUAAGAAAAUUGGACAAAUCGGCGACUACAAAUGACAUCAGCAGCAUGAUCAAACAACGGUACAUCCGGUUUUCCAAUACCUUGCAAGUAAUUCCUAGAGACACUAGCUUUCAUCCAGAAAAUCACAGAUAUGUAUCUAUGGGAAGUCUGGAAAGAAAUUGCUUACUGAAUGACAUGUCUGGAAACAGUGACUCCACUAGCACGACUGUUCAAAAAUCUGUGACCAGAUCCAUCUCAUCUAGUUCAAAUGUGUUCCGGAAUAGCACCACAAAUUGCAACGGGGACACCGGACUUCUUCUGGACGAUGAAUUAGAUACAGACUUGGAUGAAGAAGAAAUUGCUUAUCUCUGA